CUGCCCCAGCCUGUACCUGGGGCUGCGGGGAUGCCAGAGGUAUCCCCAGGACUCACCAUCCCGGUAGACAUCCCCCCCUUCCACUUCCAGCCCCGCCAGGUCGGUGUGGACUGGCAUCGCUUCAGCGCCAUUGAUGUGGAGCAGGUGGCCCAGGAGGUGGACGUGGCCAUGCUCCAGGAGCACAUUGCCGGCGUGACCUUCUGCAACCUGGAUGGGGAGGUGCUCGGGAUGGCCCAGCUGAGCAUUGAGUACCUGCUGCAUUGCCAGGAGUGCCUGGGGACCAGCCUGGCCAUGCAUGCACAGCGCCUGCAAGCUGCCCACGCCAAGCUGGCUUGCACCCAGCAGCAGGCAGCAGAGCAGGCGGCGCAGCUCCGGGGGGCAAAGGAGGAGAGCAGAAGGUGGAAGAAGCUGAUUGCCACACAGCAGCUCCUCCUGCAAGCUGGCCCCAACACCUACUGCAAGUGCCACCUCUGCGAUAAAGCCUUCAUGAACAACUCCUUCCUGCAAGCCCACCUGCAGAGCUGGCACACAGAGGCCACCGAGAUGGAGAGGCAGGACAUGAAGCAGGUGGAGCAAAUGGAGAAUGAGGUGGAGGAGUUGAAGGCAAAACUGCGGGAGAUGCAACAGCAGCUGGAAGCAGAGAGGGGAGCGGAAAAGCUGCGCAGGGAGCAGGAAACGGAGAGAGCUCACCAUCGAGAAGAGAAGGGCAGGAGAGAUUUGGAAAGGUGGAAUGAGGAGGAGAGGAUGAAGCUGCAUGAAGAGAUAGAUGGCCUGAGGCAUGUCUUCCUUGCAGUGUUCAAGGACGUGGCCAGCAGGAGCAGUGCCAUGGAGGGGAAACUGCAGGAGCUUCAGGCCAGAGAGGCAGCGGAGUCCAACCUGGGGACCCUGCAGGACGAUGACACCGAGAAGCCAUGGUGGCGGGCACCAAGCUGGGCAGAGCUGCUAGGCAAGCAGGAGAGGAUGGCCGUGCAGGUGGGCAAUGUGGUACCUGUGUCCUUACCCUUACUGCACAUCCCAGGAGUGACCCAGGAGGUGACCAAAGUGGUGCCUGAUGAAGAGUCAUCAGACAGAAAGCAAGCUGCCCUGGGUGGGAAGCAGAGGCUGCUGGAAGCCCUACGGAGAAACCCAAACCUCCUGAAUCAGUUUCGCCCCAUCCUGGAGGAAGUGCUGGAAGAAAAGCUGGAGAGCAUGGGGGUCAAGAGGGUUGCGAAGGGGAUCUCCACUUGGACCUACAAAAGGCUCCAGGCUCUGGUCAGGCUUCAGCAGCAACAGAAGGCUGAGAAAUUUCCCGGUCUCCUCUGCCUGAGGGAUGAGUUGGUCCGAGCGGUGAUGGGGAAAGUUAAGCGAUGCAAGAAGCCCAGCAGUACUUUGCCUCGACAGCUCUCCAUCAUCCCAGCUGAAAGCCCGAAGAGCCCCAGGUCCAUUCGUGGGGCACAGCCCAUGGCGAUACCAGCUGCAGUAGAGCCUGAAGCCUCAGUAAUCCUCCAGCCUGCUCCUCGGAGCAGAACCCGCUCCACCCACAGCCCCCCGAGGACUCCCUGGGGCACCCUGUGGACCUCCAAAGCCACCGAGGACUUGUCCCACGGUGGAGUGGUGCUGGGGGAUGAGACUGACUCCAACGGGUGGGACCUGGACUCGCUGGAGGAAACGGCUGGUUCAGGGACAGCCACAUCCACAAUGGUGAGGCUCUUGGAGAGAUGCCUGGAUGCAGUGGCACAGAAGCCACCCAGCAGGGUGAAACUCUUCCCAGCCCUGAGCUCGGCAUUGCCAAAAAACAGCCAGCCCGCCAAGAAACUCAAGUUUGCAGGUGACAGCAGUGACCUGGAGACCUCCUCCCUGGAGGACCUGGCUGAGCCACCAGCCAGGUGGCUGCUGAUCCUCAGGGGGCCACCUCGGUCCCCAGGGCCCUGGGGAACAGGUCCUGCAAGGGGACACAUGGUGGUGACAGGGAAGUGA